ACUGUCACCAGGUAGUGUUUAAAAGCAGUGCCAGACUUGAUAAGCACUGCCUUUUAGCCUCGACCCUGUGAUGAACAGACGUGUAAUCAGUGUGAUAUGCCCCCGGGCUUAUUCUCUCCCAAGUGGUGGAACCACCAGCCUCCUGGUGAGACUUUACUGUUCGCAAACCCCCCGCAGCCGAAACACCAAGACUGUGACUGAAAUCACAGACACCACCCAGCUGAAAUGGGUGGAGCUGGGGAAGGAGAUUGGCAGAAAAACAGUCUGUCAAAUACGAACCACAGUCAACGUCUUGUGGGAGAAAUACGAGGAGUUUGUGGGACUGAAUGAGGUGCGGAAUGCACAGCUGAAUGUCACUGAGGCGGAAAAGGCGUUCAUGGUGGCACGAGGCGUGGUCCGACAGAGCCGGGAGACCCUGGAGGGUCAGCAGGCCAAACUGAAGGAGGUUCGAGACAAGCUGGACAGGGUGUCACGGGAGGACAGCCAGUAUCUGGAGCUGGCCACCCAGGAACACAAACUCCUGCAGGAGGAGCGACGGCAUCGAACGACGCAUGAGAACGCUGAGGAACUGGAGCGUGAGACGUUCGCUCUCUUCUCAGCGGCCGUGAGGUCCAGCCAUGAGAAGGAGCGGACGAGAGCAGAGAGGACAAAGAACUGGUCCAUUGUGGGCUCCGUGCUGGGGGCGGUGAUAGGGGUCCUGGGCUCCACUUACAUCAACCACGUGCGGCUACAGGAGCUGAGGGGGCUGCUGCUGGAGGCACAGAAGGGACCGGUGAGCUUACAGGAAGCCUUGAAGGAGCAGGCGGCCAUUCAUCAGCUACAGAACCAGGAGCUGAACCAGCUGGUGACAAGCCUGAAGGAGUUGGCGAGUGAGGAGAUGGCAGAGCAGCAGGCAGGCCGGGAGGGCACAGCGAGACAGCCAUCAGAAGCCUCCCUGAGCACUGCACCGCUAUUAGCUGCUGUGAGGGAGCAGGCGAGCUCUGCACAAGAGACGAGCUCCUCACUGCGGGGGUUGCAGCUCCAGGUACACGGCCUAGAGCACGUCCUGGGGACGCUGGGUUCCGAUCUGACGGUGGUGAAGAAGGCCACACAAACCAGGCUGGCAGAGAGGGCCAUGGCCGCGGAAUCCCACCCCGGCCCGCCAACGCUCGCCCCUGAGGAACUGCUGAUGGGAUUGGAGGAGGUUGAGAGGAGGCUGGAGUCGCACAUCAAUACCAACACUGUGUACAGCACGGUGCUGACCUAUACUGCGUUUGCACUCACGCUGCCCGUGAUCUACGUCCUCUUUAGAGGCAGCUAAACACGACUGCACUGUGUGAGACAAGAAUCCUGUGAGUGUGUGUGUCAGUGAGAGAGAUUGUUGUUGUAUCCUUACCAUAAAGGGAUGGGCUGAACAAUAGAAACAUCUCCAUGCUGCUCUAAUAAAAACCAUGAAGUGAAUGAGGACCAAGGCAAAGCAGAUGCAGGUCGUCCCAUUUCUCCCCCGCACACACACCCAUUCUCCACACACACACACACUCGUAUACACACGCAUACACAUUUGCAUUUCAAAGAAUUCCAUCAACCCCAAUAUAAGCCAUUGCCCAAUGCUUUCAAAUGGAGGGGGCUGGAAGCCUUAGUUGCUAUUCUCAGCCAGGGGCUACAGAGAAGUGAAUUUAGCUGCUGUGUGGUCAUGUCUGAAUGGCAGUAUGGGAAGGGACACAGGUGUUUUAUUAAGCUUGGUUCAGAAUUGAAAAGAUGUGCUGCUUGGUUUGCCACACCUCAGCACAGACCACAACAUUCAACCAGUACUGUAUAAAGGAGAUGUUUCUAUUUGACUGCACUGAACACCAUCACUGUUGUACAUUUUAGUAAUUAAAAGAUUAAUUUUGA